GUAAAAAAGUGCGACUGAAGCGCAAGUUAAAAGCUUACCAUGAGAGGAAAGCCACGCUGGCUUUGUCUUGGCUCAAUGCGAGAGAGCAGCUCGUCUCAGCGCUGUUGACCAGACAGGCUUUGCCUUUGGGGCAGAUGUGUGUCAUUCCUUUUUGCGAAGAAGAGGCGUGCGGCAGAUGCCUUCACUGCAGUCCAGGGCAAUUCCUAUGUGCAGAUCACAUCAAUUUAGUUCACGCAGGCGGUAGAUCACUUCACCACCCGGAAGUUUGGAAAGAUGGAAGAUUUGUGCCAUAUCAGUUUGGUGAGUGUGUAUGGACCACACCUCACAACAUGGAUCAUGGAUAUGUGCGUGACAUUAUAGCUGUCGGUUUGCAUGGGCAGCAGAAUCCCAUCAAAAUCAAAUGUUGCGAGCAUGAACCAGAAGCCAUAACGCUGGUCAGGAAUGGUUUCUGGCCAUUUACUCCAAAACAGCCCCAGGUAGCCUUUGACCUUGAAUUUAUGGCCUUGCUCCAAUACAUUUUCUUAGAAUGUAGAGUGUCUUUAAGGUCAAUAUGUCAGGCACUGCAGUGGCUGGUCCCACCUGCUUCAAAGGUUUACAUUAAGGACAUCUACCGGCUCCUUGUUGGAGAUUGUUUCUGCGAGUUCCAGUAUAUGUCUAGCAUGUUGAGUAACCUGAAGCAUUUCAAUCCUUCUUAUGAGAAUGAUCAUGAAUGUCCUGCAUGUCCUAAGGAGAAGGGAAGUUUAUUUAUCUCUGUUGAUGCAUUGUUUGGAUGUGUCUGCAAAUGCAGCGCUGGAACUAGUGGAAAGUCCUCAAAUCAUGGAGAGGAACUGUUCAUUAGCCAAGAACUUCGAUGA